GACAUCGCUCUCCGUCGCUCAUGCCGCUCCGUCGACUUGCGGGGAUGAUACACAAGUGGCUGCCCGUGAAAAAAAAUUAAUCGCUGAAAAUUGGCAAGCAUGUCGACGAAGUACAGUUAAAUGGAACUAGCCUCAUCAAUGGAUAUUCCUCCCAAGGUUUCCAGCGCUCUUGGUGAAAUCAGUGGCGAGAUUGCAUUUGCGAAGGAAAUACGCCUUCCAAGGAAGAGAGGAACCAAUCAGCCGUGGCGAACCAAAGAUAAACAAGCCUUAUGAUUAGACAAAACUCUCAGGAAUACCCAGGCUGCGCGCAGCACCUCUGAACUAUCAUGCUAGCCUGUAUCCAGAGACGGCAGAACUUCUCAUCGCAGCAUUUGGCCUGCACACCUAAAAGCCUCGAUGUCCCGCCACCACAGUUACUACUGAAAGUAGCACCAUCGCAGACAUGCACCCAAAAAGGCGAGGCAGCAUCCAUGGUUUCUCGUUAUCCAUCUCCUGCAGAGUUGGAUGCUUUUGCCCAGAAAACUGCCAACAGUCCACUGACUAUCAAAAUCUUUCCAUCUGAUGUGCGGGUGCCACAACACAAGCAGCUUAACAAAACUGUCAAUGGCUUAGACACGACAGGCCAGCGCUGUAGCCCUUACUCACACUCGCACUCAGGAGGCUACCAGGGCUUACUGGGCACCGUCAAAGCUUCUGUGGUGGUCAAAGGUGUGGUGAAAACAUCUGAGGGCAAGAGGACUAAACAUGCAAAUUCCCAAACUUCUGUGGCACCGUAUAAUAAUCCUCUGAAUAAUGGCUACACAGUGAGGCACGGGCAUAAGGCCUAUCAUAUAAACUCAUGUAAGCCCCCUGAUGUACCCACUGAAACACUUUGUUCUACUGUAGGAAUGGCCUCCGGAGAUCAGAGACUGGCCCCCCGGUCUGAGCUGGCAGAAGUUCAAAGCCUCAUGAGGCAGAUGAGCAGAGUUCCCCACAGCCAGGCCCUGCAGCUGGGGGGAGAGGCCGGAGCCAGCCCCGCGCUGCAGGCCGUGGCCGCAGUGGCACAUUCAGACUCCGACUUUAUCUUGGGAGUGCCGCCUCAGAGCAGCGUAGCCUUCACGGGGGCAGUGCCACCUACACAGAUAGCAGAUACAGCCCAAACUGGAUACUUGGCAAGAGGAGACUAUAGAGUGUGGCAGCACAAAGCUCAACUGCAGCAGCAGUCCUAUCAGCAGGGAACAAUGGGGAUGUACGGCAGGAAUAACAGCACUCAAGGGCACAGAGCAGCAGAGGCCGGGGUUGGCCAGUCUCCUGAAACCAGACUCCCUUUGCCAUGCUCCUCACAGCUGCCGUAUAGGUGGCACCAUGGAAAUCUGAGUGCUGGUCAGGAGCGAGUCGGCACCUCUUCUCUGAACCACGCUUCCCUGCAGGGGGAGCAGACAGUGGGGCAGUACUUCGCUCCUCACUGGGACAACCCAAAUAGUGACUGUUUUACCUCUCAGGUCUUGGCAACGGGUACAUGUUCAGCCAGACCUGGAGACAUUGGGCUUUCCCAUGCCCUUCCCCAUCUCCAACCAAACCUCCAUCAGCACCACCAGUCACAGCUCCCUCCUCCUCACAUCCAGGCCUAUGGUACAGACCAAAACCUCUGCUGCGGGCUGCCUAGUUUUAGCCUGUGCCACGCUGCAGUACUCAGCAGCAGCCUGCAGUCUCUGGAGUGCCUCAUCAGCGAGAUCCACCCGCCCUGCAUCAAAGAGCGCAUGCUGGGCCGUGGGUACGAAGCCAUAGGGAUGCCUCAGCUGCUGGAGCAUCAACAACAAACCCACAUCCAGCUCCCCGUUUACAGAUGAGACCAGGUGCUGCCACACGACGGGACACAGAGGAUCAACUUUUAAUAGACAAUGAAAGUGUCAGUUUAGACAUCUAUAAGGAAGACAUGCCUCUUUAGUUUGUGCAUGUAUUUGUAGAAGGCUUUGUGUUUGUAUACCUAGAAAAAGGUAAAUGAUAAUCACAACUUGAGAUACAGGUUUAGUCUAAGGACUCUUCAUGUUUUAUUUUUGUAUCUUAAAUGGCCAUUUUUGUUUUAACACUGAAGCUGAGCUCCUGAUCAUACUUGGAACUUAAAUAUGUAUGUUUGGCAAUUUUCUUUUCUUUUCUCUCCCAUUUUAAGUAGGCUUUUAUAAAAAGGAGUAACAGGAAAGGGGGGAGAUCUUCAUUCUUGAGUCUCGAAAGGAUCUCUGGUAACAGUUUUUGUGCAUCUGUUGUAUAUUUUUACGUAUGAUUAUUUCUUAGGAGACUGGGGAGUUGCAUCUAAAUGUGAAUAUAUUUUUCUGUUGUACAGUUAUACAAUAGAUUAAGUGUUUUAUCAUAUAACGUCUCAACCGAUGUGACGUACUUGCGCUCAGCUCAGCUUGUUAUAACUGUUGCAUAUCCAAAUCAACUGUGGCGGUCGCGCCAAGCAAGAUUUACCCUCUGGUUGUAUUUCUAAUAUUUUUUAAACCUCGACAGGUUCUGUGAACAUUUUUCUUGGAUGAAAUUAGAUCAUUCUCUUGAAGGUUGUGACACCGUUUCACAAGACCAUAUGUGCACUGGAGUGCCAUGUUGAAGAGCAGGCCACCUGAAUCAGUUACUGUCUUCUUUGUAGGGCUAUAUUAUAUCUCUGAGGUUUGAGAUGUAUGAGUGAGUAGUUCGUAAGUCUGCAGUGGUUCUGUGAUACUAUUUAUUUAUGCUGGCCUGGUAAGUUUUAUGGCAUACUGUGUCUAUAAUUAUAAAGUGCAAUUAUUAUAUAUAAACAUGUGAGCUCUCCUUAUGAAUUGUUGAUGAAAUAACUACUUUUUGCAGUAUAUGAUCCUAAUCCUUUACGCCCUCUUUUUGUGUCUUAAUAAGGAAUGUCAAGUAAAUUAAAUUUUCUAAACCCCACAACCACUGUUUUUGCACAUUUUAAAUGUAUUAUUUCACAAACAUGCAGCCUUUUUUCAUGAACGAUGAACUAGUUUUGGAAAGCUGAGACUUUAUUUUUUUUUUUUUGCUGAGAUUUAAAGCUUAACCACCAGACAAGUUUUUUUCUCCCUUACUUUUACUAACAUUCAUCUUUUUCACUGAAAGAUGUCCUCUCCAUAAUAUGGUGCAAGUCAAUCCUGGGGUAAAACACAAGCUGAAAGUGCUCAUUUUCUUCUCGCUGUGAAUUAUGUUAA